GCAGUUUCUUCACACCUAAAACAACCCUAAAGCAUUUCUUUUCAUAAUUUUCUUCAUCCAUUUUUCUUUCCAGUCUCUUCUUUUCUUCUGAAGAUUAAAAGAGAACGUGGUUGACCAAAGAGCUAACAGAUCUCGGCAAAUAUUUGAAGAUGAGUGAUAGAUUGAUCGAGUUGUAUCCAUUUUUUCAAGGUGGCAUGAAUGAAAAAGAUCAGGAAACGGGAAACAGUGAGCUAGUGAGUAGUGUCAUGAUGCGGUUUGAUGCGGUAAGGAGACGUUUAAGCCAAAUUGGGGAUAUGCAUCGUGAGGUUGUAACGGCUUUACGUACUUUUAAGACCCUCAAACUGUACACAAACACCAAAAAGCGAGUUGGUUCGGUUCCCGGGGUUGAUGUAGGAGACAUCUUUUUCAUUAGGGGUGAAAUGGCUUUGGUGGGGCUCCAUGCAGCCACCGUUGACAUGGAGUUCAUUGGAGUCGAAGAUAGCGGGGACCGGGAGGAUAAACAAAUUGCAGUCAGUAUCAUCUCUUCAGGGAAAAAUGCUGAUAAAACCGAAGAUCCGGAUUCCUUGAUAUUUACGGGGUUUGGUGGUACGGACAAGUAUCAUGAUCAACCAUCUGAUCAGAAACUUGAGAGGUUGAAUAUUCCACUAGAGGCAGCUUUUCGGAAGAAGAGUAUUGUGAGAGUGAUUAGGGGUAUGAAGGAUGAGAAGAGGACACAUGGUAAUGUUUAUAUAUAUGAUGGAACAUAUAUGAUUACUAAUAUGUGGCAAGAGGAAGGUCAAAAUGGGUUCAUAGUGUUCAAAUUCCAAUUGGUUAGGGAACCUGAUCAAAAACCCGCUUUUGGUAUAUGGAAAUCAGUAAAAAAUUGGAAGAAUGAUUUGAGUACAAGACCAGGUCUUAUUCUUCAAGAUCUCUCUAAUGGAGCUGAGAAUCUAGAGGUUUGUGUGGUGAAUGAAGUUGACAAGGAGAAUGGUCCUUCUUUGUUUACUUAUGUCACUUCGCUACACCAUGAGGUAAUCAAUAUUCGACCGAUGGUUGAUCCUUGCGCUUGUGGACGUAGAUCUUGUGGUCCAAAAAGUGGUAGCUGCGCAUGUGUUCAGAGAAAUGAAGGCGGUAUACCUUAUGUUGAUGGGGUAUUAGUCACUCGUGGACCGACGGUUUUUGAAUGCGGUGGAUCAUGUCCUUGUUAUGUUAAAUGCAAAAACAAGAUGAUUCAGACCGGGUUGAAAUUCCAUUUGGAGGUGUUUAAGACAAUGGAUAGUGGAUGGGGUUUAAGGUCAUGGGAUCCAAUUCGAGCAGGAAGUUUCAUAUGUGAAUAUGCUGGUGAAAUCAUAGCAAAAGGUGACGAUGAAGAGGAUGAUUAUAUAUUCGAUACUUCGCGGGUUUAUAACUCGUUUAAGUGGAAUUAUGAACCUGAGCUUGUUGGUGAGGAUGCUAUGAACAAAGUCUUUGAGAAUAUUAGUGUUUCAUCAUCAUUGGUGAUUAGUGCAAAGAAGGCAGGAAAUGUGGCUCGAUUUAUGAACCAUAGUUGCUCACCCAACGUUUUUUGGCAGCCGAUUUCUCGUGAAGAAAAUGGUUUAUGGUGUCUUUACAUUGGCUUUUUUGCAAUGAAACAUAUUCCUCCAUUAACGGAGUUGAGAUAUGAUUAUGGAAAAUCUAGAGGAGGUGGGAAGAAGAUGUGUCUAUGUAGAUCAAAGAAAUGUUGUGGUUCUUUUGGAUAAUGAUUUUGUAUUGUUGAGUGAUUGUUAGAUUUUUUCGCUUUUGCUUUAUAAUCUUGUAGUCCCUUCGUUUUAUUAAUAAAAUGAGUUUUUUUUU